AUGGGGAUUUCUGGCACGUGCCGGAUAAAAUCCACAAGCCGGCGCCGCGGGAAAAUUGGUUCCGUCUCUUCCACCGCAAAAGCAGAAGCACAAGCACAAGCACAAGCACCAAUGGCCGAGAGUGGUCAGUCACCAACUUUUCACCAACUUUUCGCCUGUGGUCUAUCCGCCUCUCGGGAAGCUUCCGAUAACAAGACCCUUCUAAAUCCCGCUUGUCAUCGGGAUGUGCGAUCAAAGAUCAAGGUCAACCCAGGCUUGCGACCCGAAGAGAGGCAGGCACUAUUUGCUCAGGUGCAGGGCUGA